AUGUUCUCCCACCAAAUAUUCAGACUAGGCAGUAGCCGAUUGGCUGCUGGAACAGCUUUGAGAGGCCAAUUCGGACGGAACUUCUCAAAACCCUUCAUCAAGCCACAAUCGAUCCGCUAUUAUGCUACGUAUAGGCGCUUCAACAACUCCAAACCAGAGUUCGAUAUAAGGACGCUUCUCAGAAACAGAUAUCUUGGAUAUUUUGUAGCGGGAUCCAUAGCUUUCUAUGUUUACAAUCUCGACGCAGCACCCUUCACAGGCAGACAUCGUUUUUUGUGGAUUCCCUAUUGGUUGGAGACCAAGAUCGGAGAUUACUCAUAUUCCCAGCUUCUCGGACAAUACCAAAACAGAAUCGUUCCGCAGUCGGACCCGCACUAUGCGCAGAUCUCCCGAAUUAUGAAUCGCUUGUUGGCCAGUGCCAUUGACGGCACCAAGGAUCCACGACAAGUAGCCCAUCUCAAGUCUCUCAAUUGGACCAUUCAUAUAAUCAAUGCUCCCGAUGCGGCGCGCGAGCCUCCCAAUGCAUUCAUUCUUCCUAAUGGUAAGAUUUUCAUCUUUUCGUCGAUUCUUCCAAUCUGCAAGAAUGAGGAUGGACUUGCCACAGUUUUGUCGCAUGAACUUUCCCACCAGUUGGCUCAUCACUCACUGGAGCAAUUGAGCGCGCAGCCUAUUUACAUGAUCCUUUCUACGCUUUUGUAUGCCUCAACUGGCAUCUCUGGUUUUGGUGAUCUUCUUGUGACUGGAUUGUUCCAGAUGCCGUCCUCCAGAGAGAUGGAGCUGGAGGCGGAUCAUAUUGGAUGUGAAUUGAUGGCGCGGCUGUGCUUCAAUUUCCGCGAAGCUGUGAAUUUCUGGGGACGCAUGGAGCAGUUCGAGGAGAGAUUGAGGAAGAGCCAGUAUGCGCUUCCAAACAAUAUGAUGAUGGAUUUCUUCUCCACCCAUCCCAACACGAAGAAACGUAUUCAGGAUAUUCAGCUGUGGAUUCCGGAGCUAAACACCAUUCAGGAAUCAUCUGACUGCCAUCAAUUCAGUCUGUUCCAAGAUUUCAGCCGUAACUUCUUUGGCACUUUGAGAUGA